CAGAAUAGACAUUUUGAAAUAAUACAUCCCUUUCUUAUGGUUCUUUUUCUCCUUUUCGUGGCCCUGAAUACCCCCUCUCCGCCGCCAGGUGCCGGAGGCGGGGCGGCCGUGUGCAUCUGCUUCACCAUCGUGCCCCUGUACUUUGAGCGGCGCCGCGGCCAGGCCAACGCGAUCAUGAUGGCGGGCGUAUGCUUGGGCCAGAUCAUCGGGCCGCCCCUUGUCAACUUCCUGCAGGCCGAGUUUGGCUACAAGGGCGCCACCAUCAUCAUGGGCGCGAUCCUGCUCAACGCCUGCGUCGGCGCGUCGCUGUUCCACCCGAUCGCCUGGCACCAGAAGAGGGUCACACGGCCGAAGAUCGACGGCCUGCAGGAGGGCACGGAGGAGCCCUUGGUCCCCAGCGAAGCCCUUGACACCAACAGCCCGAUGCUGGCCGUCAGAAGGGGCCUUGCCAGGGUCCGGAACCAUUCCAUCGCGUCCCUCGGAGGCUCUUCCCUCGGCCUGUCCACCAUCGACCUCCCUGGCCUCGCUGCCUUGGCUUCAGCCGCAGAGGACGACAACGGCGACGCCUCCUCGAGUUCCUCGCGGGGUUCUGGGACGAUCUGUAACAUCCUCAAGAUCCUGCAGCGCGUGUGGUGCUCCACCGUGUCGGACCUGAGGGCGCUGCGCUCCCCGCGGGCGCUCAUCAUCGCCGUCGGAGGAACCCUGUGCAUCAACGGCUACCUGAACUUCGUCAUGAUGGUACCCUUCGCCAUGCAGGCGGGCGGAUACACGCUGCAGGACGCGGCGUUCUGCAUCUCCAUCUCGGCGGUGUGCAACUUGCUGCUGAGGAUGAUCGUGUCGACGCUCUCCGACUGGCCCAGGUUCAGCGUCCGCGCCUGCUACAUGGCCGGCUUCGGCCUCAUCUCCGCCACCAUGUUCGUGUUCCCUCUGCUGACCGACCUCCGCUGGAUGAUGGUCGUCAUGGGCGCGUGGGGCUGCGGCGUCGGGGCCAACAUGGGCCUCUACAACCUGGUCAUGAUCAAAGUCAUGGGAAUCGACCGGCUGCCGUCGGUAUUCGGCUCCUGUUGCUUCCUGGUGGCCAUCGGCUUCAUCCUCUUCGGGCCGCUCAUCGGCGUAGUGAGAGAUGUGAGCGGUAGUUACUCUAUCAGCAUGUGGGUGCUGGCGACCAUGGUGCUGCUGAGCCUGUGCCUGUGGUUGCUGAUGCCGGCGACGAAGGAGCGGGGCGCGGACGAGGCGGCGCCGGCACUCGCGAAGAAGCCGUGACGUCUCUGGCAAAUGGGACGGAGGGUCGGGCGGUAAAGAGGAAAUGAUGGGGAGGAGGAAAGAAGGAUAGAGAGAAUACCUACUUGCAUAUAUAUAUAUAUAUAUAUAUAUAUAUAUAUAUAUAUAUAUGUAUAUGUAUAUGUGUAAGCCUAAUGUCUGCGUAGAUGUUACGUAGAGCUUCAAGAUGGAGCAAAUCAUCUGUAAAGAAAGCUCUGGACAAACCGCGCCCGAGAUCUUGAGGAACCCGGCGCAGUGCAGAUUCUUUCUCCAAAAUUGUCUUUCGUUGAUACAUUCCUUGUAAAUAAGAAUAAAAAGAGACUUUAUUUGUUUUAUGCUAUUCUGUUUAAGGAAGUUAAGAAAAUACAUAACCCAACGCUGAAAUGAUACUAC